UUAUUUGUAGAAUAGCUCAGUCAACUCCCUAAUCUAAGCCUCAAUUAUAGGCCUAACUAUUCUCGUAAGAGCUGUAUAUAAUCUGCUAAUAUUUUGAAUGAAAGCAAGCAAUUACAUUCUAUCUUCUUUCAUGGUAUCAGAUUAAGGUUACGACCUUGGCUUCACCAUCCCUAACAAUAGCCCAUUCUCCACCACCUUCUCUAUCUUCCGCUGCAAACAAUGUCUCCUGAAUCCUCCAAAUUCCACCCCGCCCUCACCAUCACCAAUGUCAAGUCUCUCAUUCCCAUAACAUUGGAUGAUCAAGGCAUGUAUCAUUCUUGGGCUACCUUAUUCAAGGUACUUGUUAGGGUCCAUGAUUUAUAUCAUCAUAUAGUUCCUCCAACGGAGGCAACUAAAAUUGCCGCCUAUCAAGCCACCAAAGCUGCUGAUCCAGCUCUAUGGAGGCGUCUCGAUGCCGCGGUUUUGAACUGGAUUUAUGGAAACAUAUCUCCCGACCUUCUUCAUGCUAUUCUUCUCAAAGAUGACACCGCCCAAGGGGCGUGGGCUCGUCUCGAAUCAAUGUUUCAAGACAAUAAAGCCUCUCGUGCUACCCACCUUGAGGAAGAACUUGUCGAUCUCGUCUUCGAGAAUUUCUCAUCCAUUGAUGCCUACUGCAACCAUAUUAAAUCUCUUGCUGACCGUCUCGCUGAUGUAGAUGCUCCUCUCUCCGACAACCGUCUAGUCCUUAAGCUCACCGCAGGUCUCCCUGAAGCCUAUGCCGGCACGGUGGACAUAAUUCAAAACCAAGAAUCGCUGCCUUCAUUCGAAAGCUGUCGUUCUUGCCUCAAACUUGCUGAACGGACUAUUAAAAAUCGCCUAGCCAAGGAGGGUGGUCCAAGCAACCGCAAUCAAGCUCUCGUCACAUCCACCGUUGCAAGCAACUCUGCCUCUUCUUCCUCAAAUCACUCUGCUUCAAAAGGGGGAAAGCAAAAGAAAUUUUUUGCUAAAUGUUCUGGCAAGGGCCGAAACCCUAACUCUUCUCUUGGGGACCAACAACAAACCCACUUAAAUGGCCCACAUGUGCCUUACAAUUGGCCUCAAUCUCCUUGGGCCUAUGCUCCAUGGGCUCCUCCCUGCCCAUAUCCAGCCUCUUUGUGGGCUCCUAAACCGCCAGCAGCACAACCGUCUAGGCCUCGUCCUGCUGGGCCUGGGCUACUGGGCCCACGUCCCCAAGCCUACAAUGCUAUGGCUCCUCCUCCCAGUUACUCACCCAUGGAUAUUGAAGCAGCAAUGAGUGCACUCUCAAGUGGCUACUCUCAACCCGACAACAACUACUAUAUGGAUACCGGUGCCACGGCUCAUAUGACUUCGGAUCAAGACGGGAGUCAAAAUAAUGAGAUGUGACAGUGCCGGUGACCUAUAUCCUAUCUUCUCAAACACUCAAGUCAAUCCUCAAGUCAAUAAUUCAGCUUUUACAACUAUCUCUUCUGAUCUAUGGCAUAAUCGCUUAGGACAUCCCGGUGAUGUUGUGCUUAAUUCUCUUAGUAAAAGUAAAUUCAUUGAUUGUAAUAAGGCUUGUAAGAGUUUUUGUUCUUCUUGUCCUCUUUGGAAACUUGCAAAAUUACCUUUUCAUGAUUCUAUGUCAAACACUGUUUUUCCAUUUGAUAUUAUCCAUAGUGAUCUUUGGACUUCGCCUAUUGUGAGUUCUUCUGGCCAUUGUUAUUAUGUGCUUUUUCUUGAUGAUUACAGUAAAUUUUUGUGGACCUUUCCUAUUGCAAAAAAAUCUCAAGUCAAACAUUUAUUUAAAUCUUUUCAUACCAUCAUAAGCACACAAUUUAAUCGAAAAAUUAAAACUUUUCAAUGUGACAAUGGUACAAAAUAUAUCAAUGGCACUUUUAAUGAGUUCUUUGAUCAACAUGGUAUGCUAUUUCGUCUCUCUUGCCCUCAUACCUCUCCUCAAAAUGGAAAAGCCGAGCGACACAUAAAAUCCAUAAACAAUAUCAUACGGACCUUACUUGCACAUGCUUCUUUACCUCUCUCAUUUUGGCAUCAUGCUCUAGCCAUGGCCACUUACCUUCUAAACAUACUUCCAACCAAAAAUCUAGGAUUUAAGUCUCCA